AGGGGCGGCGGCGUGGGGGGAGCAGAUGCAACUGGCUCCGCGCGGGAGCCGGGCGCUAGCAGAGCGCAGCCGCGAGGGAGGCGCGGAGGAGGAGAGCCAGAGCCGGAGUCCAAGCAGCAGCCUGUGUUGGCGGAGAGCACCCGGGCGCAGCCGGAGCCGCAGCCGCGAUGGCCGUGGCCGUGGGGAGACCGUCUAAUGAAGAGCUUCGAAACUUGUCCCUGUCUGGCCAUGUUGGAUUCGACAGUCUCCCCGACCAGCUGGUCAACAAGUCUACGUCUCAAGGGUUCUGUUUCAACAUCCUGUGUGUCGGCGAGACGGGCAUCGGCAAAUCCACGCUAAUGGACACUUUAUUCAACACCAAAUUUGAAAGUGACCCAGCUACUCACAAUGAACCGGGUGUCCGGUUAAAAGCCAGAAGUUAUGAGCUUCAGGAAAGCAACGUGCGGCUGAAGUUAACCAUCGUGGACACCGUGGGCUUCGGAGACCAGAUAAAUAAGGAUGACAGCUACAAGCCCAUAGUGGAAUAUAUUGAUGCCCAGUUUGAAGCCUACUUGCAAGAGGAAUUGAAGAUCAAACGUUCCCUCUUCAACUACCACGACACCAGGAUCCACGCCUGUCUCUACUUCAUCGCCCCAACCGGGCACUCGCUGAAGUCCCUGGACCUGGUCACCAUGAAGAAGCUGGACAGCAAGGUGAACAUCAUUCCAAUCAUUGCAAAAGCCGACACCAUCGCCAAGAACGAACUGCACAAGUUCAAGAGUAAGAUCAUGAGUGAACUGGUCAGCAAUGGCGUCCAGAUAUAUCAGUUCCCCACCGAUGAAGAAACAGUGGCAGAGAUUAAUGCAACGAUGAGUGUCCACCUCCCGUUCGCCGUGGUGGGCAGCACCGAAGAGGUGAAGAUUGGCAACAAGAUGGCAAAGGCCAGGCAGUACCCCUGGGGCGUGGUGCAGGUUGAGAACGAAAACCAUUGCGAUUUUGUGAAACUCCGGGAGAUGCUGAUCCGUGUGAACAUGGAAGAUUUGCGAGAACAGACUCACACCCGCCAUUAUGAACUGUAUCGGCGCUGCAAGCUCGAAGAGAUGGGGUUCAAGGACACCGAUCCUGACAGCAAACCCUUCAGCCUUCAGGAGACCUACGAAGCAAAAAGGAAUGAAUUUCUGGGAGAACUUCAGAAGAAAGAAGAAGAAAUGAGACAGAUGUUUGUCAUGAGAGUGAAGGAAAAAGAAGCUGAACUGAAAGAGGCAGAGAAAGAGCUCCACGAGAAGUUCGACCUCCUCAAGCGGACACACCAAGAAGAGAAGAAGAAAGUGGAGGACAAGAAGAAGGAGCUGGAGGAGGAGGUGAACAGUUUCCAGAAGAAGAAGGCGGCAGCUCAGUUGCUCCAGUCCCAGGCCCAGCAGUCUGGGGCCCAGCAGACCAAGAAAGACAAGGACAAGAAAAAUGCAAGCUUCACAUAAAGCCUGGCAAGCCAAAGGAUGGUCCGCAUUCACCUGCUUUUGCAGUAAUAUCGUAUCUCUGCCAUCUGUGUCCUUUUAGUUUGGUUUUAUUCUUAGUUUUUUCUUUUUUUCCCUUUCCCCAGACACCAUAUAACUAUUAACUCAUGUUGCUGACUGUUGUUGGGUGGUGGAAAAUGGUAGAACAAGAGAAUAACAGGAAAAGCUGUGUGCAGCGGGACUUUGUUUCUGGAAAGCAAAUGAUUUGCCUGUUAUGCCUGUCCCGAGUGGCGGCAGGAAGCAUGCCUGUUCUGUUCCUUGUAUGUUGCUUUGGAAAGCGGGAAGGAGGAAAACCUGUUGCCGCCUCAGCAGCCGAAUAGCCAUGACAGCAGCUUGCUUUUCUUGAUGAUUCAUCCCCAUGAUGGCAAAGGCCCUCGGCCCCCUCUGUCUCUUCUCCACACCUGGCCCAGACCAAGGCAGCUUUGUCUGUAGGCAGAAUGGGGAAUAAGCUUGCCUUGGAUUUUUUUUUUUUUUAAUUACUAUAAUAACAUUAUUGGCUUGUGGGUCUGUUCAGACGGUUUCCAUUUAUGGCUUUCAAAAUGGGUCUGAACCCCCCUCAAUUCCUGGCCAAGUUGGGUUGUAAAAAGAAAACGAUGACUCCAUUGGCUUUUAUCAGGGCCACUUUGACCCUCUCCCAGAGUGCCAUCUGCAAGGCCGGAUUGUUAUUCCCUUGCUUAGGAGAAGCAUCCUCUACCAAGGCUCGGAGGGCUUUACACAACCCGCUCACUCCUUGCAAUGUACCCAGUCUUCUGCAAACGCGCCCAAAGCCACAGGCUGAGGUGGGGUGGGGCGGGGGUGCUAAUGACUGAUUCCAGGAUAUUGGUGCUUCUAAUAACAUUUUUCAAUAAGUAUGGGAAGAACAUGUCCAGAGAGACUUCACAUAGAAAGUGAGAGGGGACCUUGUCAUGCUGAGGUAGAACCGGGGAGGGCAUGACACACGCCCAUGAGUCAAGAGCGCAGCCCUGGACCUUCCGGUCCCCUUUCCCUGCACGGUCUGCUUUGGAUGUCUGCCAGCAAAGCGACGAAGACAUACGACCGCUGCUCUUGCACGCGCAGUUGUCUUGCAGGAAUUCCCUCACCUUUUUCCUUGCCGAGACGUGCUCCCCCUGGCGCUCCACCGGUGGAAUGUGGGCGAGGGUGGAGAUGGAGCCGUAGGCAGGACCUGGACCGCUCGGCGCUGCUGUGGGAGGCGCACCUGCUCUCCUCUCCAGGCUCUGCCUUCCGUCAGGCUGGUCUUCCAUCCUCUGGAUGUUUUCCCCCCCAGCUUCCUCUCUUCGUAGCCUCCCGUUUCUUACUCGAAAGAAUUAACAUUUCUCAUGAAUCCAAUGCAUCACCUCUGCAUUUCCCUUUUGGCCUUCACUAAUCAGACAUCAAGUAAAUAGGAUAGAAUACACUGCACACACACACACACACUUUUUUUUUUUUUUUUUAAAUGAAUGAGUCUCUGGUUGAUUCCCAUAGAGAGUCUUUUCCCCCUUCUCUUCAUCUUUGACCACACUUAGGGGAAAGAAAGCAUGGUCUUCCGUGAACUGAUUUUGGCCUAAUUAGGCCAAGUAAGGGAUCGGUUCCAUGGAAGCCCAGACUAAGCUUCGAUGGAAACUAAGCCAGAAGCGACAAUAGUGGUGUACAGACGGGCUUAGGAGCUACUGGAGCAUUGCUUUUGUUUUUGCUUCUGUUUUUGUUUUUUGUUUUUUUAAAAUGAUUUUAGUCUGAAGCUAGCGAUGAAGCAGCCAGAUAUGAGAUAGCAUGCUGAUUCUAACCAUGGGCUGAAUUUGCUCGGAUGCUCUGCACCAGACAGAAGCUUGAACGCUUGUGUUGUAUGCUUGCGCCAACCACUGCUUGUGUGAGCAUUUUGUGCCUUGUAACAGAAAGUAACUUCUAAAUUCUAAAAAUGCAGUUGUCAUUUUCCAUGCAUCACGAAAGCCCUUUUCAAGUGAGCCUAGCCGCAGGAGGCAUCCAGCUGACUUUUUGAUUCCAAGAUUGUUGAUUGAUUGGAUUGAUUUUUUCCCCCCAUUCAAUUUUUCGCAGAAAAAUAAAUCAUCUGGAGAGUCAGGGAAUAAAACGUCAAAGGAAACAUAUAGAAGCUUAAAAAAAAAAAAAAUGAGUUGCUUCUGAACUUCUUUCUGCUCCUGCUCCUCCGCCUGUUUGGUUUGUUAUUGCUGCCUCUUUUCUUUCUGUACCUAUGCCUUUUUUCACAGCAGUCCUUGGCUCUGCACGGAAUAAAUGAUACCCUCCAAUCUAAUUGGAUAUGCUUUCCGCCUUGGCAUGUAAGUAAGAAGUAAGAAACCUUUGAGGUAUUUUUGACUUUUUUUAAAUUAGGGAAACCAUUGGGAAAGGUGGGUAGGGAGAUAGUGGUUUGCGUAGCCUUCGUUUACAAAAACAAAAAACCCCACCAAAACCCCACAUGCAUUUCAGAUGGCCCACAUUUGUAUCUUUUUCACAAAAAACAGAUAGCUUUUACUUCCUUGAUUCCAGACUGGGAAUCAGAAAUGACUAACCCCAGUCUGUGUUCUGCCCAGCGAUGUGGGUUCAUUGGCUGUCACAGUGGGUUCUUGGUACAGCUAGAAUGAGAAACUACUCCCUUUCACUGGAAAAAAAAAAAAUGAAGAGGAAAUUUUUUCUUUUAUGCUAGGCUGCCUUUAUGACUGCGAAAUCUUUAGGUGACCUUGGUUUAAUGGUCUUUCCUUUGUGCUAAGUACUGCCAGGGAUCACCUUUUUCUUUUUCUUUUCUUUUUUUUUUUUUUUUUUUUUUUUUUUGCCAGAUAGCUCUUGCUGGCCUCUCUCCACAUCUUUUGUUGAAACACAUAAAGACCAUCUUUUUGCUGCUUCGGGACCUUAGCUACCCGUGACAGGUGUAAGCGCAGUGAGAAUGUGGUGGAGACGCAUUUUUGAAAAUUUAUUGGCAGCUCAGAGACUGUGUUUUCCCAGCUUAGGCCCUGUAUUCAUUGGUCAAGGUUUCCUCCAGAAAGGCCACCUCAGCCAGGAGAACAUUUAUCACACUGCUGGGCGCAGGUUUCUGUUACCUUCCUUCCGUCUCUGCUUUGUGGUCCCCCAGCAGUAACACUCACUCUUGCUGUCUUGUGCAUCUCCAACAGGCAGACUCAGUUUCCUCCCUCCGGACAUGUCCAUACGUGUUUCACAUGCAAACUGUUGAGUCGGGUUUUUCAGCUGUCACCAGCCCACGUCAUACUGUCUCUGUGUGGUCCUCCCAAAGCCAUCCGUUCAGGUCCCUUUGCUUUGCCAUUUGCAAGUGUCUGAGGUGGUCGAGUCUCAGCUUCCAGAAGUCUUGGUUCCGGGGACAGGAGACCUAGAUGGUGACUCUUUAGGGGAAGUGGUGGCAUACAAAGUCUAGAGCGUAUGGCAGUAUGAAGGGAGUUUUUAAAAUAAAUCGAAGAUGAAGCUGUGAACAGCAUUAGAACUUUGUCUCUGUUCAUUUGAAACUAUGCUGAUAUGCCUUAAACUGUAGUUGUAGCUCAUUGUCAUUUUGCUGUUUGAAAAUAACCAAUGUGUUUUUUAAACUGUUGUAUAAUCUACCUUCAGUGUUAAUGCCGAAUUGUCAUCUAUGUAAACUGCAUGUUAGACACGUGUCUUUUUUUUAAAAAACUAAAAUAAUUGUAUCGAUGUGAAGCGUAUCCUGUUUUGAAGUGUGACAGUAAUCCCUUACGGACGUCCCCGGUGAUGUGGUGUCUGUUAAGGCAGGAGCGUGGCGGCCAGGCCAUCUAUGCAUUUAGCACUAGUGCCAAGACGUUACCCCCGGGGGGAAAUAUAUUUUUACCCAAA